AUGAGUCAAUCAAAGUUGGUAUUCCUAUUCGCUGUGCUAGUCCUCUGCUCAACUAGUGUCCUCGGUUUCAGCAGUCCUCAAUUGAAAAUUCGCCAAGAUACCAGCUUGAACAUCUUCGGAGGACUCAAGGGUGCAUUUGCUAAUGAAGAAAUGGGUGCCAAGAAGAACGAAGGCCUUUCCAAUGGACCAAAUAUCAACGAUAAUGUGACUGUCAAUGGAAAGGCUGUCCAAGGAGCCGUUGUCGGACAAAAGAUUACUGUUGUUGCCGGUCGAGCCCGUGUCAAGAUUCCCGUGAACUGCCAAAAAGGAGACUGUGGAACAUGCAUGGCGAUGGUCAACGGGAAGAAGGUGAAGGCUUGCCAAACAGCCUUAGGCGCUGGAAAGUGCACUAUCAAGACCUUGUAA